AUGGUGUGCGUCAGCACAUGCUCAGAGAUGCUCCGAGACUUAGCCCGAGUGACAGCCGAACAUCAGCUGAUCUUGCAGAACAUCCGAGACACGAUCCCCAUCAGCAAGGAGGACAUGAGAGGAGUUCUCCCUCUCCUCUACACCAGGGGGAAUCCGGUGGAAGCAGAACCACUUCAUCCCAAUAAGCAGUGGAAUUCUACGCAUUUUAAGCGAGGAAAACCCAUCAAGAUCAUCAUCCACGGGUUCGGUGCCAGCGGGAAAGACGUCUUUGCCGUGCAAACCAAGAACGCAUUUCUACGGCACGACGACAUGAACGUCAUCAUCUUGGACUGGGCCGGGUUGGCACGCGGAACGCUCCUGGCUUACCCUCUCGUCAUGAGACGAUCCAAAUAUGUGGCAUCUGAAAUCGCCAGGUUGAUCGUGCGGAUGAGCGAGGAGUUGGAGACGGGGCCGGAGAAAGUGCACAUGAUCGGUUUGAGCCUCGGUUCUAACAUCGCCUCCCUCGCCUCCAGGAUGGUUAUGGAAACCACCCCAGGGCGCCACCCUGUCAAGCGCAUCACUGGGCUGGACCCGACUCUCCUGUUUAACUUCGACUGCGAUGACUGCAUAGGAGGGAUGAAGAAGGAGGAUGCGGAGUUCAUAGAUGUCAUCCAUACUAACAUUUGGGCCAUCGGUCUAUCUGAUCCCGUCGGUCAUGUGGAUUUCUUUCCUAACGGUGGUCUCGUUCAACCUGGUUGCACCGACGAACAUGGUCUUUGGAAUGUCUACGAAUUGCUUCACUGCCCUCACGUUCGAGCCUGGCUAUACUAUUUGGAAAGCAUCAAUCAUCCCUAUGAUUUCAUGGGAAGGCCGUGUUCAUCUUGGGAAGUAUACGAAUCUGGAAAUUGCAGCCAAAGCACACCACUUGUUCCAAUGGGUUAUCACACUCCCCAUAGAGCGAGAGGGGAGUUCUACCUCAAGACCAAUGCCAAACCUCCUUUUGGGAAGCGGCUUGAAUACCCUUGAACCAUCAACAUCUUCCAAUCUUCUUUUAUUCUUCUGACAAGAGUCAUCAAUACACACAUAUCCACAAGAACACAUAGGUUUACAUGAGAAUACAAAUUCAUCAACUGUGAUGUCAUGAAACCAAUCAGAAUAAAUACAGAG